AUUUUCUUUACCUCUCUUCAUAAUGAUUGCUGACAUUAUAACGUUAGUUAGAUAACCAACCUUUGACAAAGGAUUUGUAACUAACCAUCAGAUCUAAGUGAUGUUAGCUAGCUAAAUUCGCUAACGCGUUAGGCCCACAUUCGCUUUUUAGUCUUAAUUUAAGGUUAGUCAUAAGGCUAGCACUGUGGUUAGGUUUAAAUUCACUUAAAGAUAAAUUGUGAUUUUGUGGCUAUGGUAAGUAGUGACGGCCGCAUAGCUACAUAAGGACGUUUCAGCUGUACAGGAAACCAAUAGAUGAGAACGUUUUCCCAAAACUGAAGUCCCAUGUCUGUGCCAAUCAAUGCUGUUUGUGAUUUAUAGCUAUGAUAAUAAUAUAUGCCAUUUAGCAGACGCUUUUAUCCAAAGCGACUUACAGUCAUGUGUGCAUACAUUCUACGUAUGGGUGGUCCCGGGAAUCGAACCCACUAACCUGGCGUUACAAGCGCCAUGCUCUACCAACUGAGCUACAGAAGGACCACUGAUCUUCGAAUGCAAAUAAUCUUCACGUUAUUGCCAAGUACCUCAACUCCACGACGAUUUCAUCUACGGAGUUGAAUGUAGACUAUCGUUUUUUUAUUACCUUACAACGCAUUCGAGUCUCUAUGCAGUCGAUACGUCAAACAUUACAAUGUUUGUCCUCUAUUUACGUGCAUUUCUUUGUUUGCUGAAAUGCAUACUUUUUAACAAGACGUUAAUGAAGUAGCUACAACCAGCUCUAAGAUGCCAAGUCAGCACGAAUGCGCAUGUGCCAAUUAAAUCUCAACAUGGUAACGGUUGUAUUUGAUGAUUUAUUAAAACGUUUCAACAAACAAACGCUCGCAACAUCAGAGGAUAAAUUGGUACACGUCUGGAAAGAUGUAUCAACUCCCUGUGAACAACCUCACUAGGAUACGGAGAGCAAGGAAACAGGUGAAGGCGGCACUUUGUGACAUUGGGCUGGAGUACUGUAAGGAGCAAGCGGAGGACCUCAAAGAAUUUUGCCCAGAUGAGAACUAUGUGAAGAAUACUCUCUGUCUGGAACUUUGUUCAUGGGAUCCGACAUUCUCAAAAACACAGGAGUACCGGUCAAAACCUUUCUGCUGCACAGAGUGCAACUUCUCUUCCAAGUACUACUCGGGCUACAAAAACCACUUCCGAAAUGUCCACAGGCACAACUUUGAGAACCGCAUCCUGCUCAACUGCCCUUACUGCACCUUCACUGCGAGCAAGAAGACAAUGGAAACGCAUGUCAAGGUCUUCCACAUAUCUAGUGUGGCACGUCAGGGUCUAGGGGGCUACCAGGGGGCUGCUGUGGGGGCAAAUAACAAGGUGGAGAAGGCAAUGUACUAUUGCAAGAAGUGUAACUUCCGGGACCCUCUGUACAAUGUUGUGCGAAGGCACAUCUACAGGGAGCACUUCCAGCAUGUGGUCUCACCCUAUGUUGCCAUGGUCUCAGAAACAUCAGUCAAAAAUGGAGCCAAUGCUGUCAACGGCAACAACAUCCUCUGUAAGCGCUGUCAGUUCUCCACCCGUAGUUAUGAGGCGCUAGUGCAGCAUGUCAUUGAAUAUCAUGAGCGCAUUGGCUCUCAGGUGACAACCAUGAUUGGACAUGCUAAUGUUGUGGUGUCCAGACCGCAAAGCUAUGGGAUGGCCCAGAAGGGUUCUGUGAUGACUGGGGGUCGUACCCUGACGUCUGAACAGGUUAGCCAUAUGGUAGGGGUCCAUCUAAAGCAGGGACCUACUGGACUAAAGAAUGUGACAUGUCAGUCCUCUAUUGCUGGCCAGCGUUUGACCAUUCCUGGCAAUGUUGGUUUGGGAGAAGGUGCUAAUGCUAGUCUUACAUCCCAAACACAGAAGUGGAAAAUGUGCACGGUCUGCAAUGAGCUCUUCCCUGAAAACCUGUACAGUGCUCAUUUUGAGAAGGCACACAGGGCUAAGAAGGUAUGGGCAAUUGCCAAGUAUAUCAUGAAGAUCCACAACUUCACCAGUAAGUGUUUGCUUUGCAACCGAUAUCUGCCUAGUGACACAUUGCUUAACCACAUGCUGAUUCAUGGGCUCACCUGCCCACAGUGUCAUGCCAGCUUCAAUAAUGUGGAGAAAAUGCUAGAUCAUGUGGGGCAGGCUCAUCCAGAUGACUUUGUUGGUCCUCCAGCCGCCUCCCCGCUUACUUUCGACCUCACGAUUGGGCAGGCUAAGAACAAAAUCAUACAGCUUAUUGUUAUAACCUAUAACAUGAAGGAACCUGUAGCUGCUCAGGAGCAGUCUAUGGCUUCCCAUGCCCAGAACAGCUUCCACACUCCAGUGAAGAGUAUGCCUUCAAAGAUGCCAGUGAAUAAGAAAGACAUGCUUGCCAGAAGUCAAGCCACUGUAUCUGGCAGCAAUGAGGUUGGCAAGACCUUAUGUCCACUAUGUUUUACCAUCCUCAAGGGUCCUAUAUCUGAUGCCUUGUCACAGCAUCUGAGAGAACGACACCAAGUGCUUCAGACAAUGCACCCUGUGGAGAAGAAGAUGACAUACAAGUGCAUCCACUGUUUGGGCGUCUAUACUAGCAACAUGGUGGCCUCCACGAUCACUCUGCACCUUGUGCAGUGCCGAGCUGUGGGAAGGGCCCAGAAGGGCCUGGGACCAAAGUCUGCCUUGACACUCAACUCCUCUGGUGCAGGGUUCUUAAAGCGUCAGCUACCCUCCCAACCCAUGUCUGGCUCCAAGAGGAUGAAGAUAAAAAAUGAUGUAUAUUCCCCCAUGAGUAUGGACAAGCCAGGGGAGGCUGUGGAUCUAGUGUUGGACCCUAGGAACUAUGAGCACAAGACUUAUGAAGCACGCAAAGCCUUCCUCACGACCUAUUUCAAUCGUUGCCCCUAUUUAACUUCACAGGAAGAAGAGAAGCUGUCUGCAAGCCUGUGGCUCUGGAAGUCUGACAUUGCCAGUCACUUCGCUAAUCGACGGAGGUCAUGUGAGGGAGAUUGUGAGACCAGGAAAUUGAAAGUGCUACUUGGCUUUGACAUGCAGGCACUCAAGGGACUGAAGCAUGACAUGGACUUUGAGGAGAAAACCAAGCUCCCCAUCACAUCAGUGGAGAAGGCCUUUAAGUCUAGGCCGGCACUUAACACAGACCAAAGAAAGCAAUGCGAGACCAUUAACUGUACCCUCAAGCUAAGUACUUACACAGAACCCAUAUCUAUUGACUCUUCUGAUAGUGAGUCGGAACCAGAGGACUGUUCCAUUGAGAAUGGGCAAGUUGACACACCAAAAUCUGUGGAUGUCACGUCUUAAGGAAAAUCAAACCUGCCAGAAGAGAACUCUACAAGCAUUUGAGGGGCCUAAAAUAGAGAUGGGCCCUUAUCAAGAUGGUUGAUCAAAAACCUGAAUCACCUUCUGUUAGUUUACUACAGACUCUAGGUCUAAAUAAGGUGCCUUGGGUUGGUAAGAUGAUGCAUCAAAAUGAGAGCAGCCUAAAAGACCUGCGGUACAGGGGAAGCAUGAGGGUUUGGUGCAGGUAAUCCUUACACUGCAGUUCUUCAGUUAUAGGAAAGUCAGGGAAGGUAGGGGAGACUGACAGGACAAAUUAAGACUUCAUAAAGUCAGUGGGAUGCUCAGUUUAAGUAAAUAAUAAUUACUCAUUCAUAAAUUAGGAACUACACAAGUAUAGAAAAUAGCUGUUAAAACUUCUGGCUCCAGAUAAAGGUAUGCUGAAAUGGUGCAAAAGAAAAUGUAUGGUGUCUGUAGCUAAUAUUGGUGGGAACAUUGUACAUAUUUAGUAGGCCUACAUUAGAUUAUGCAUACAUUUAGACUGUCAGUUUUAAGUAAAAUUCAAAAACUUUCACUUCUUAUAGGCAUAUGGAUUGUCCUCCCAUAUGAUGUAUUAUUGUCAUUUCAAUUUUAGAGAUAGCAGGGUAACAUGUAUACAUACCUAUGUUCACUUUUGUUUAAACAAAGAAAUUGGUUUAAUAAAGCUUUUUCAAAGAACCUUCA